AUGCUUGGCUUAAUCGUCGAAGGACCAAGCGAUCAGGGCAUCGCGCUAGAAUUCUGUUCCGGCGGGGCGCUCAACCAGUGGCUAAAGCACCACAAGGACCGCCUCCACCUGCAGCAGAGUAUCCAGUGGUGCCUCCAGAUCGGAAAAGGGAUGGAAUAUCUUCACAAACGCGCGCCUGCCAGUUUUCUUCACCGCGAUCUCAAAUCUUCAAAUAUUUUGCUUCUCUAUCCGGGCGCCACUGAUCCUUCCAAACAAGUUUUAAAAAUUUCCGAUUUCGGCCUGGCGCGCGCUCGCCGGGAGCAACAGUCUCACGAGGAGUUCACUACGGCUGGUACUUAUGCUUGGAUGGCCCCAGAGAGUAUACGAUCGAGCAACUUCUCCCCCGCUUCGGAUGUUUGGUCCUUUGGCGUCCUCGUUUGGGAGAUUCUCACCGGCGAAGUGCCUUACAGAGGCAUGGAACCGCUGCAGGUGGCCUUGGCCGUCGCUCAGCGUCAAUUGAGGCUUCCGGUUCCCGAAUCCAUUCCUCAAAUUCUAGCCAGUGUAAUGCGUAACUGCUGGGAAGAAGAGCCCAAUUCUCGUCCGGAAUUUGACGCGAUCGUUGUGCGUCUCGACUGCGCGCAGAAGGAGCUCUCUGUUUACGACAACCAGGAUUCGGUGAAUUUGCAGACGACGAUGCGCAAACAGGUGUGCGGAAUGCUCGAGGAUCUGAAGGAAAAGGCGGGCGAGCUGCGGACGAAGGAAGUCGCGCUCAAGGAACAAGAAAUGGCCCUGCUCAGGCGCCACAAAGACUUGGAGCAGCGAGAAAUGGACGUGGUUCAACGCGAAAUCAUGCUUCUUCUGAAAGAAAAAGAAAUUGACCAGCGCAGCGCCCAGUCGAAGGAAAAGAAGAAAGACAAGCAUCGCAAGUUGGGGCCGAUUAUCAGCCGCCCGCGCACCUUCGAGCACAUUGUCUCCGUCAAACCGCGCGACGGAGGACUUCAGGCAUCCCAAAACUCGCUCUGUCCGAUUUCUCGGGAGCCCUUUGCCGAAACGGCGAGCUCGACUCAAUCCGAGGAGAAUUCCUCGCCACCCGAAUCCGAGGCAAGGGCGGGGCUGGCAGCUCAUCCUUCCGUUCAUCAGCGCCAGAAUCCGCUGAGAAUCCGGCCCGCGUUCUUGCAACGCUUUUUGCAACCGGACAGAAAGGGCCCCAUUCUGCAGUCUCAAUUGUACUUUCCGGACGACUCCUCCGAGUACAAUUGGGAUGAUCGCUCCUCGUUGGUGGUGGAGCCGAGGGCGAAGACCUGGGGCCACCGGAAUGGCGAGCUCGCUGCUGCUCAAAUUCGCCAGCUAUCCUCCUCGACCUCAGCUUUGGGUUAG